UUCUACUAUGAAUGAAUGAUUCUCACCCUACCCAUCACUAACAAACCCACUUUCUCUUCUGAGUCUUCCCUACACAGAACAAGGCACUAUUCUAUCUCUAACCUACCAAGCUAGAUCUGCCAAUGGAAGAUCUGAUCGCCCAGUUCAGCUUCCUCUCCAACCAUGCCCUGCAGGAUAAAAGCUUCGACCCCUCCACCAUCGAAGACCUGAUGAAGCUGUUCGAGAUCGAAGCCUACAAGUCAUGGGCUGCAGUGGAACUGGAGCAGCAACAAGAGGUGGAAGAAGCCGAGGCUUCCCUGCAAGAAGCUGAGGACUACAUGGACUCGGUGAUGGAGAGCGCCAUGGAUGAGUUCAGACGCUUCGAAGAGGAAAUGGAGAGGAUGUCGAAAUAUGAACUCGACAGCCUUGUCAAGACUGCUGAGACUGCAAGGAAGAUGGGCAAGUUCAUGGAGAAUGCAGCCACUCUUGCUUCCAAGAAGUAUAUUGAAGCUGCACUUAACUCUGCCACUGCUUCAAUGAAAUCUGCUUGGAAGGGAAUUUCAACUAACAAGGUUCACCCUUCUUAGUUUACAAGAAAUUUCUAAGGCCAUCAUGCUGGUUACUUUUAUCAAUUACAAUUGUAUUACUACCUAUAUUUGCCUAAUUUGCAUAUUAUAAGAACUGGGUUUUGGCAUCACUGUGGAUCCAGAUGAAUUGGCUUAAAAAAUAAUAAUAAUAAGAUACCCUUGAUUAAAGAUCA